GAGCAAGCAAGUGUGCAUAUGUGUGUGCGUGUGUGUGCUGAAUGCCAAAAGCCCUGGUGAAGCCAGCUUGCUUCCGUAUGUGAAUCAUUUCUCAAGCAGCUCUCUGUGUCUCGUUGCAAUGUGGUUUUCCUCUCAGGGAAGCGCUGAAGCCCUGAAUUCUCAGUCUGGUUUGCACAUGCUGUCAGAGGCUAGCGGGAGACGGUUUUCUUUUUAAUACGAGGAGGAGAAAAGCUUUCGCUAGCUAGCUACUGUAUAUGCUUCUGCUGAGCUGCAUAGAGUUAUUGACGGAGAGAGGACUAAAGCUGUCACGGUGCCUGCCUCUGCUUGCUGCUCUCCUUGGAGCGAGGGAGCGUGUUCCAGCAGCUGCAUCAAACGGGAGAGCUAACGGGCUUCCCCUAUGCUUUUCGGAGCCCAGAAAGGGCAUGAGAGGAGCAGGCUGCUGAGCAAACGGGCUCAGGAAAAGAAAAAAUUGGCAGCCAGCUCCUCUGCAGUGACAAUCGGGUGGCACGCAGGAGCCAUACCCUCUCGUGCCACCUUGGCACGGGGCUGUUGAGCAUCUCUGUAGGAACCUCUGAUUUCAGCAGCGUGGUAACUGGCUGUACAGAUGUGCUCCGGGCUGAAUCUGGAUCCUAGCAGCAGUCGCAGAGUGACCGUUCCUCUGGAAAGACCAUGAAGAGCGCUGCCAAGCCUUGGAGUGCUGUGCCAAAGCAAGGGAGCCACGGGAUUGACCGAGGAAAACCUCUUCCUGCUGCCUCCUCGGGCAUGAAGACCUCCAAGUCCUCCACUUCGCUCGCUUUUGAAUCUCGGCUCAGCAAGCUGAAGAGAGCCAGCAGCGAUGACAUGCUCACAAAGCCAGGGGUAACAGCAGGCUCUGGGGUCUCCAGACUGAAGAAGACCAUUACAACAGGAGCAAUUUCUGAACUUGCUGAGAACCGGCUGAAGCCCAGUACAGGAGCUGUUUCAUCAGCCAAGCGCACGGGGAUUCCAGCUCCUCGGGAAACCCCAUCCACCGUCUCCAGAGAGAGAGCAGUGUUGCGUGGACCAGCUAACACUCGGAAAACUCAGCCCAGCCCGACUUCUAGCGGCACGCCUACGCCUACCAAACACCUGCGCCCCUCGGCCAAGUCCAAGCAAGACAAUGAAACCGGGGAGAAGGCCGUUCUGGAGUCCCAGGUUAAGGAGCUCCUGGCAGAAGCAAAGACGAAAGACUCGGAGAUUACCAAACUCCGGAGCGAGCUGAAGAAAUGCAAGGACAAAGGCUCACCCAACACCGAAGGGAUCAAUGCGUUAGAUCAAAACUUAGACGCGUCGCCACUGUCACCUGGUGACAUGGACCCGCUAAUACAGACCCUUCAGGAAAAAAACAGGACUUUUCAAAAAGAGCUUGCUAGCCUGGGGGAAGAAAACCGCGUUCUGAAAGAGAAGCUGCUUUAUCUGGAGAACUCCCCUCUCUCGGACACGACGGCGAGCAGCGGAGGUGACAGCAGUCUCCCAACCCCGACCACCCAAGAGUCGAGUUUUGGAAGCCCGACAAAAAGCCUAGUAAGAGGUGAACCGGAUGAGGCCAGGCAUCGUGCAAACGGAGGAGCUUUACGCAACUCGGGGUCUUCUAGCAGUGACGUGACCAAAGCCUCCUUGUCGCCCAAUGCAUCCGAUUUUGAACAUAUAGCAGAUAUACCCUCUAGGCCAGUGUCCUCAAACAGCAACCCCUUCAAGGGUUCCAGGUGCUCCACCUCAGGGAGUUCUCCAAAUAACGUCAGCGACCUUUCCGUGGCUUCGCUGACGGAGAGGAUACAGAAAAUGGAAGAGAACCAUCACAGCACCGCAGAAGAGCUGCAAGCCACUUUGCAAGAGCUGUCCGACCAGCAGCAAAUGGUGCAGGAGCUGACGGCAGAAAACGAGAAGCUGGUGGAAGAGAAGGCUCUACUGGAGAACUCCUUCCACCAGCACAGAGAGAGAACAGAGCAGCUGAGUCAAGAAAACGAAAAGCUCAUGUCUCUCCUCCAAGAGCGAACCAAGAACGAAGAAACCAAAGCGCAGGAGGGGAAGGUCCUGGAGCUGGAGCAGAAAUGCACAGAGCUGCUCGAGAAAGCACAGUUUGAACGAGAGAAGCUGCUCAACAUCCAGCAACAGUUAACCGGUAGCUUGCGGAGCUUAGAACGAGAACACCAAGAUGCCCAGGAGGCGAUCAAGGGCCUGGGAGAGGAAAACGAGAAGCUGGGUAGGCUUCUCGAAACAGAACGGCAGAGCAACAGCAUGGUGAUGAAGACUCUGGAGGACUGUAAAAUCGCCUUAGAAGGCCUGAAGAUUGAGAACGGGUCCCUCAAAACUCAGCUAGAGAGUGAGAAGCAGAAGGCUGCGGAGAUGAGCGCGGUAGGAUGCACUACUGACAACUCGGAGGUGCAGGAGAUGUUGAAAGUGGCCCAUGCAGAGAAGGAUCAGUUGGAGCUGGCUUGCACCGAGCUCAAGCAAGAACUGUUGAAGGCAAGCAGCGAGGUGAAACAGGCCCAGGGGCUGCUGGCCAAGAUGGAGACAGAGUACAGUCAGCUGAAGGAGCUGUGUGACCGGCAGGCCGAGCAGCUCACCAGAACCAGCCAGAAGCUGCAAGAGAAAACCUUGGAGUACGAUGCCGAGAUCAAGAACCUGAAGGAGACCAUCUUUGAUUUGGAGGACCAGGUGGAGCAGCACCGUGCCAUCAAGCUACACAACAACCAGCUCAUCAACGACCUGGAGAGUAAAGUGAUGAAACUGGAAGAUCAAAAGCUGGAUCAGGAGAAGCAGCUGAAGGCUCUGACCAAACAGAUGAAGGAGGAUGCAGAGGAGUGGAGGCGUUUUCAAGCCGAUCUGCAGACUGCGGUGGUGGUGGCCAAUGACAUCAAGUGCGAGGCCCAGCAGGAGCUGCGUGUGGUGAAGAGGAAGCUCCAGGAGGAAGAGGAGAAGAGUGCCAGGCUGCAGAAGGAGCUGGACGACGUGAAGGGCAGCAGCAGGCUGACCACGGAGGAGGUGGACUCCACGGAGGCAGACACCACCAACCGCUGGCAAGGAGUCUGCGUGAGCAGGGCGUCCCCCACUCCCCCGGAGUCUGCCGCCACUGUGAAGUCGCUGAUCAAGUCCUUUGAUUUGGGCUGCUCAGGUAGCGCCGGGCAGAGCAUCCCGGUUCACAAAGUCCCGCGGAGCCCUCUGAGUGGGAUUCCAGUGAGGACGGCCCCAGCAGCUGCCGUCUCCCCUAUGCAGAGACAUUCUGUGUACAAUAAUGCGAAGCCAGCCAGCAAAGGGGUUGCCAAACACUCGGACCUUCCGGACCUUCCCCUCGCAGACCUUCUGAAAGGGAGAAGCGAAGAUCUGAAGCCCGGCCAUUACCUCCGCAAGAGUCCCUCCCUGGAGUCCCUGAGCAAGCCCCCCUCCAUGGCCUUCAACAGCAGAAUGCUGACUUCCACCCCCGGCGGCCUGAAGCCCCAGAGCAAACUCAGUGUGGAGAGAAAGGACCCGUUAGCAGCCCUGGCCCGAGAAUAUGGUGGCUCCAAGAGGAAUGCUCUGCUGAAGUGGUGCCAGAAGAAGACAGAGGGCUACCCGAACAUCGACAUCACCAACUUCAGCAGCAGCUGGAGUGACGGGCUGGCCUUCUGCGCCCUGCUGCACACCUAUCUGCCAGCGCACAUCCCGUACCAGGAGCUCAAUGGCCAGGACAAGAAGAGAAAUCUGCUGCUGGCUUUUCAAGCUGCUGAAAGCGUGGGCAUCAAACCCAGUCUGGAACUCAGUGAGAUGAUGUACACGGAUCGUCCAGACUGGCAGAGCGUGAUGCAGUACGUGGCCCAGAUCUACAAGUACUUUGAGACCUGAGACCCAGGGCAGAAGGUGGACAGAAGUGGGGAGAGACUGAAGAAUGCCACGGAAGCACUCGAUCACUUUAAAAACCCCUCAUUUCUAUUCCACAAGCCAGCCAAGGCUCGUAGGCGGAAAGAAAAGCUCUUCCACGGUUUCGAUCACAUCUGGGACUGCAACCAAAUAAAGAUCCAUUGUCCACCUGCACAAACCAAACCCAGCUGUAAGUUUAUUUCGACAUGAAAACAGCAACGCUUUUUCUGCCAGCUGUGGGAUAUUUGAGAAGAAGAUGCCCUCGUGUUAACUAGCGAUUGUAUCUCAAACCAGCCUCUGCCAGCCGGAGAUCUGCACGCUAUGGAAGGACUCCAGUGCAUACGUAGUCGUUGAAUGCCUGGACCAAACUCGAGAGAUGCUGAGAGAGGACGGCUAGUGCAGCAGCUCACCACAUGGCUUCUCUUGCACAGUUACAAACGGAUGCUUUCCUGCUCCCGAGUGUCGGUGCCCCCACCCGACCUGUUUUAUAUACCUGUUCCCUGAGACACCAAGACAAACAGACGUGUGCUGACAUGCAUGGUGUGUGUAGGACCUUUCGCACACACUGACUCAGACUUAGCUGAGCUGGCAGGGUCUGCAGCAGGAUCUCUUGUUGCCCCAAAGGCUUUCUUGCCUCUGUAUUUUCACCAGACAGCCACAGAGCACAAAGGGAACCGCUAGGUGCUAUGACUUCAUUUUGGGUCCAACAAAAGUAGCUUCUUUUAUGAUGAGAAAGAUCAGUGAGCAGUCUGGUAGGGAGCUGGAAUCCUUUCAUCUCUGGGCUGUGCAGGCCCAGGCUUUUCAGCACUGCCGCCUUGCUGGCUUUAUUGCACAAGGCACGGGGGUGACGACCCUGGCAUCUGAGCAAUAUGGAGAUCAGUAUCACACCUUUGUCACGGGUCAGGCUGGAGCAGCCACGCUGCCUGCAUUGAACCUGAGUGCACGGUUUUCCUGUGUACCUACCUGCCACAUAGAUGCACGGUACUUACUGCCAAGGAGUCACGUGUCAGCUUGUGCCCUGUGCAAUGAAGCACAGCCAUUGGACGUGAGCAGGUGGUCUGAGCUGAAGUUACAAGGCUUGAUUGAUGAAUACAAAUUGCAAGAUGCAGCCCCAUUCAUUAAGCUACAGGAAGUCUAGUCGGCAGCUCUUCUCUGUCAUGGAAACCACAGCAAAGCCUCCCGGAUCCCAGAGAAUAGCAUUUUAGCCUGCACACGUCCUCCCUCCACUCACAAAGGCAUGCGUGUUUUCAUCUGCCGUGUUGAGCAUCUCUUUUAUUUGACCCCCAGAAACGGGGAUCUUCUGCCUCCGGGCUCGUGAGAAGCCACAGGGAGCCCCGGGCACGAAUCCGACCAAACCGGGCCAGACCUCGAGCCUGUGCUUUUGGUGGUAACCUUUCCUAGGGCAGCACGGCUGCUCCAGCUGAAGAAUAGAAGUUGUUUGGUGACCACGUUUAACCCUGAGGGCCCACCCUACGGCUUCGUAGAGCUGUAUGAGGGGAAGGGAGGCUUCCUCCCUACGUAGGGAGCAGGGUGUGCUGGUAGGUCCCAAGCCUGCUUGCUUCAGUACAGUCUGGUGGAGCAGACACAGGUGCUGUCAGAGGAGUGUUUGCCGCUUUCCGAAGCCCGCCGAGUACUCUGCCUUCAGCUCGGUCUCCGCUCCGAGUGCUUCGGGCUCCCCCAAACCGGCGAGCCUUGCUUUCCUCCUUUCCGAACCCCCCCCCGCUCUCCUCCUCCUCCUCCUCCUCCUCUCACAAGUGAUGGAUACCAGUUCCCCAGCCACGGGGAUAUAUUUAGAACGGGAUUCUUUUCUCCUCGUGUUUAUCUUACCAUGUUUAUCUUCAGCAUCUCCCAUUUAAGCCCUUAGUCCCAUGAGCUCUGUCUGCAAAUGGACUCGGUGCUGAGUGCAUUGCCGUAUCCAAAGCAGCUUCCAAAGCAAUGGAGGUGACGGCACAAGCCACCCCAGGGAGAGACAGACCCACUGAGCAAUGCAUUCGUCUCAGGGGUGGUUUAUCAGAGCUUGACCCAGGUGUACAGGCAGCAAAAAUGCAUCCGACGUCCUCCUCUCCCUGGAAUCGACUCGGAGAGCUUGAUCCUUGGCAGACCUUGCUGCUUGCCUGCGCUGAAGGGGAUGCUGGAGUGCGUUUGUGAGACCCUGCGCAUUGGUCCCCCUCCAUUUGCUGCUGUCCUUUUGAAAUGAAGUCACUGUGGGGAGAUCAGGAGAUGUAGUCCACCUAGUACAUUCAGCAGAGAAGUCUGAGCUCUAGCCAGGUCUGAAGGUAAGCAGUUAAACUAAUCCUAGGGGCCCGAUUUAUCUCCUCAGGGCUACAGGCUUUCAGGUGGGAGGACUUGCAAGGCGGGGGGGACCUUGUUGCCUGCAUUUGCUAGGUGCUGUCCUCGCACCGGGUCCCCGCUUUGCAGAUUUCUCUCGUGUUGCUGGGACAACAGGACCUGAAUCUGGAAGCAGGAUGGCUUGAUGGGAGGCAGUGGGAGAGGCCAGAGGCCUUUGAGCUGUGUCAGAAAGAGAUUUCAGUGUGUUAAAAGUAUUUGUUGUUGGGUCAUCCAGUCGCUGGCCUUUGCGUCCUUAAUAAUGCAGCAAGAAUUGCGGGGGUGGAUGAGAAUGGAUACGGCCAGCGGGAGAGGAGGUUGGACGAGUCUGCUUGACAUCUCUCUCCUGAGAGGCGUGAAGCAUUGCCAGACCCUGGCUCCGGGCUGCAAGAGUCCUGGCAAUAGGGAUAGGAAGUGACCCAAGCUGCGCUCGUCCCCGGCGGCCUGCAGAAAGCACCUCCAAGCCAGGGACGGCUGGAUCUGCUGGGAGAUGCCGAUAGCUCAGGCUCCCGGGAAGCGCGUGUGCUCCGUGUGCCGCGCUGCGCGGGGCCGUCGGCAUCUCUUGAUCCAAGCUUUAUUCUGCCGUGGCUCUGAGCCAUUGCCCAAAGAUCUGUCCCAGCCCUCGAGGCGCUUCAGCUGCUGCAGGUCGCUGCCUCUGUCUUUAAACCAACCUGCCAGAGACGUGUCUUUCCCUUCACCCUGCACCUCUGGGAUUCCCUCCCCACAAAAAUAUUGUAGCUCCAGAAUAAAGCGGAGCUCAGACGUGGCCCAGAGACAAGGUUUCUGUAAAUAAAAACGUCACUUCAAGUCAGCUACCUUCCAACCUAGAGGCCCAGAAAUAGAAGAUUUUCCCAGGGGAAAGGUGGCUGGAGACUCGGCGUCCCAGCGGGCUCUAGCAUUGCGGAUGGACCCCUUGAGGUCUGCCAUUCUGCGAUCUAGAAAAGCCCUUUCCAUGGGGGCUUUGUGGGGACAGGGGCUGUUGGUUUUACAAGUAUUACCUUUGAGUUUUGAUUCCCUUCGAGGUUUGCACAGCUGCCACCGCGGAUCUCGCUUUUCAGAGCCGGGUGAUGGUUUCCUGUGCUUCCAUUCCUGGAUAGCCACGACCAGAUACCACGAACGGGCUUGAACUGCAGGAAGCGCUGCGCGUUCGACCCGUAGGAAACAAGGCCCUUUUAGGGCGUCUCAACUUAGGCGCCCAGAAAUUGAAGCACUCGGGAAGACUAGCGGUCUCUGAAAGCCUAGGCUCUGCUGACUGAGGCUUUACAGGUUCAGGGUUACGGGAACCAGGCCUGAUAAGACCGGCAAGUGAGGAAUGUAAAACAGUCCUUGAAUAACCGUGUACAGAGUGCGCAACGGGGGCGAGAGGUUUUUCCCGGCAAGAGCGGGGCGUGACCUGCAUUGCUCCUCCAUGGCUUUGCCUCUUGAAGGUAACAUCCUUCCCAAAGCAAACACCGCUGAGGCCCACGCAUCCCCUCGGAUGUACUUCUUGCAUGCGUGCCUGUGCAUUUAGUCAGCGCUGGCAAGACGCUAGAAAUUCAGGUGAACUCUGCACGUUGGCUUGGGCUUGGCAGAUGAGGAGAGGCGGUCGCAGGAGGUCUGGGUGAAGGGACCGUGCCGCGUAGCUCUCGGGCAGCCGUCGCUGGGGAAGCAGGGAGACGAAGGGUGCGGGAUGUGCAGCAUCUUGCUCCUGGAGCCGCUGAAGGUGCCAGUGCUCGCGGCAUGCAGGAGGGGAAGGCAGAGGGGGAUUUGGGAAAUCAGGCCGGGCCCUGGGCCUGGCAGGAAGGAGGAGAGGGCUUGUAGUAAUGCUGACGUGCUGUUUGGGAACCCGUUCGAGAGCUCGAGUAGAUGUGAAGGGUGUGAAGGGAGGGGGUAGACAGGGCUGGGCGUGUGCGAGAGAGCGGAGGAGGCGGAUGUCCGUAGGCCGGGAGUUCCCGUUGGAUGACCCUUCUGUUGGCUGUUUGGCUUCUUGGUCGUUGCCCCUCUUGCGCUCCUCAGAGCGACCGUAGACGCUGGGGUGCCGAAGGGGACGCGCGUGCCUUUGCCAGGCUCCCGCCCCAUGCGCUCAACCCCCUGACCCGCGAUGCAACACGGAGGGAUCGGAGGCAGAAUCCGCCCCCUUCGUCCAACGCGGCAGCAAGAAAGGCGGAAGGGCAGGCCCCUGGAUUGCGAGCUGAGCGGUGGCGUGAGCCUGCUCGACUUCCCCAGUCCCCUCUCGCUGAGGCACCUUCCCCCUCGGCACAAGUCCUAGCAGUGUUUGGUUGGGAGGAGGGAGAAGCCAGCCAAGCAUUUCUGCUGCUUGUCUCAGGCCCCGAUGGCUCUUGCAAACCUUUACACCCCAGAGUGCCACCACGCUGCCGGGCUUCCCGCCCAGACAGGAGCAAGCUCCAGACACCUCGGGCCUCCGUGGGUGAUCCUGCCUCUGUCGGCCCCGGAAAUCUGCCGCUGGCCUCCACGCGUGCCCUCCCGCCUUCCCUGGUCGCAGAGCAGGAGAGAGGUCCCAGAUUUUGGAGCUUUCUCUUCCUCUGCUCCCGGCACCAGCACUUCUUCCAGGAAACGUCCGGUGAAGUCAUCGCUCUCGGAGCUUCCCCCACGUGUUAUGGAGCAUGAGACCACGUUUUCCUGCCAAAAGAGACUUUCGUCUGGCAGGGCUCAGGCCACCGAGCACCGUGACACUUCCCAGACCCAGCAAUAACUUCUGCCUCUCUGAACCUCGCUUGCUUUCCACCAAUUCUAGCUAGUGCCAGGCGAGCCCAGAGACCCGCGUCUUCACAGAGUCCAGGCUGUAACCCACCCACCAUUACCCAGUGUCAUAACCAAGGGUCUCUUCCUUUUUAACUUGCACACGUGCCAAGCUUUGCUGGGCCGUGCUGAACGCAGCACUUUUAUUGCUUUUUGUUUGUUGGGUUUCGGCCCAGGCUAGAACUGUGCCGAAUGGAAGAACCACCUCUACUCGCCGAGUGAUUUUUAGCUCUGUCCGUCGGAUCCCGUCGUUACAGCACGACCUAAUUUAUACGAAGAGCACAUUAGAAUGUAUAUAGCUAGGCAUUGCCAGGGUUGGACGUGCUAGUACAGAUGUAUUUAAAGAUUAACAUUAUUAAAGCGUCUGAUGCAGAAUCUGUGUAAUAUUUCUAAUAAAGCCUUUUUGUUUCUGACGGUGCCCCUUGUUUCUUGCCUUCCUGGUGUAUUUACGGAGAGCGGUCGUAGCCCCGCUCCACUGUUGUCUUGCUAAGCCAAGCAAGUCACGUACCCUUAAUUUCCUCUCACACAGUCCCCAUGUUCUCCUAGAAGGCCCCAGUCUGCCCCGGUCUAGUUUGAAUUCGUCUUUCGUGAAUGCAGGUCGCAAAAAUGGCACCUGGCGUGCCAGAUGCAGCCUUACAAGGGCCUGGCAUAAUGCCAUUAAUGUCUCCAGGAUAUCUAGAGAGACGGGGAGCCAUGCCAGAUGCAGCCAAGGAUUGCUCUUUCUGUUUUCCUGGUUGCACAGAGCCGGUGGCUUUGUGUCGUCCUGUGACCGACUGAUACGCCCCAGUCCUCCUUCCCCGUCGUUUCCAGCUGGUGCGUGCCAGCUUGUAGCAGACACUCUUGUCAUUUAAUUCCUUGCUGACGGAGCCAGUAGACAGGAGGCCUUUGGGGGCCUUGGCUGCAGGAUGCUGGCCUGCCAAGGAAGACCGCUGGAGAGAGAGGGAGUCCAUCUCGUACAGAAGAGGAAGGACGGUCUUGGACGCAGACUUGCCGACCUAGUGAGAAGGGCGUCGGAGGAGGAUUUGAGGCAGCCAGUGACAAAAGCCCGCAGGUGAGAGAGGGAAAACAAGUGACCUGGUCCCGGGGCUGGGGUUGCAAUGGGGGCACAGGAGGGGCAAGAGAGACUCGCGGGGCACCCAAACAAACAUCUGAGAUGUGUCCAGACACAAAUGCCGGGAUUUGGGAAAUAACUAGCAAGAACGUGUAUCCCCAGGAUGCAGCUGGAGGCACGGGUGAGUUGGCAUCCCAGAGACGUGGGUGGAAGUGAGCACGAUUGUGAGAAGGAAGUGAGAGUAGCAGAGGCAAGAUAAUAGAUUUCAACAGACUCAGGAAGUGGCAGAUAGGAUAUCUGGGGAAGAGAAUUGGAUACAGGAGGUCAGGAAAGCUGGUCAUUCCUGAAAGCCCGAAAAGGCACAAUAGCCUGAUGUGGAGGAGAUAGGAAACAGUGCAAGGGCCAGUGUGGCAGCCCCUCGACCUCUUAAAUGGCCAAGAAAACCAAAGAGCAAUCGAACACAAAGCGGAGGCGAGGACACGUGGCUAGCAAUGGGGAUCGACUCAGAGAAGCUGAGGCACGGAAAUGAGUCACAACCAGCAAGAAGCAGGUAAAGCAGAAAGAAGAGGUUCUGCACACUGGCAGUGUAGAUGUGGUCCUUAACAGAGGAGAACAAAUGGACGAUGUAAAGAUUAGCUUAGGAAAAAAAAAGGGUUCAUUAUGACCAGAUACUUGAUUCAGUGCAUUUUACCUAAAGGAAAGCAGCGCAAAACAGAUUCUGGAGAGAGCAAGGUAAAGACUAUUAAAUGUAUUCAAGUUGGCAGGGCUUGGUGACAUUCAUCCUGGAUUCCUGAAGGGACGGGGUGGAGCAAUUGCUGAACCAUGAGCAAUUGCCUUUAAAAACUUGUAGAGUACGUAUAGUCCCAGUAGACUGGAGAAGCACAAGCAUAGUCCUUAGGUUGAAGAAAGGGGGGACCCAAGAGCGGGCAGCCUAACUCCCAUACCUGGGGGAGAUGCAAGGACAAAUGAUUUGUAAAAAAGAUCCUUUUUUAGCAUGCAGCUGAUUGAGUCAUAGCCCACAGACAGCAUGCAUUGAAUCGCAGGGAAUCACAGAGCAGAAGGGACCUGGAAGGGCUUGCCAGAAAUGAGUUGUAUCAAACCAGUGUAAUUUCCUUUGAUAAAAUACCUGGGUAACGGGGAAGAGGUAAACGUGUUGCAUUUGACGUCAGCAAGGAGGUUUCCUCCGUUCUGCGUUCUCCCGAGUCAGUAAGGAAACACGGGCGAGGUGACAUCCCCAAGACGUGGGCGCACACCAGGUUUCCAACCCACACGGUCAGAGCAUGCUUAUUCACGGUUGGCCGUCAAAGCAGGCGGCGGGGUGAGUCGUGUCCUUCCAGGGGUCUGGUCUGGGCCUGGCCAGCGUCCGUGUUUUAAUUAACCACUUGUACAAUGGAUCAGAGAAAUAUGCUUGCGAACUGGGUGGCCGCGCCAAGCUGGAAGGGGAUUGCUGGCACUCGGGCGGACGGGACCAGCCUCCCAAGUGAUCUCUGGAAAUUGAAGCAGACCAAAUGAAAUGCAAUAAAGCUAAUUAGACGAUGCAGCCCUUGGAAGGCAAAAUGCACUGCACAAAUGCAACCCCCUGGCUACGCCCCACUACUGCAGCAAAGGAGCGGGGGCUGCAGCAGGUCGCAAACUGCAUCUGAGUCCGCAGUGGGCAGCUGCUGCAAAAAGGGGGACGUUUUGACCCGAGAAGCAGCAUUGCCAGGAGCGUUUCCUGUGCACAGGAGGUCGUUAUUCCCUGCCAUGCAGAUCUCACGAGGUCUCAGCCAGAAUCCAAUACACAGCUCAGGGGGCCUCGGCAAAUUGAAGGGUGUCUGGAAGAGAGUAACAAAAAUGAUCAGAGGUUCAGAAAAGGUGACCUGUAGCCCUGCUUUUCUAUGAAGUAAUGUCUAGCAUAACGUUAAUGUGCACUGUAAAGCUUAAAAGCCAACAGAACGGGUCUGGACAGGGCUGCCCUGACGACACGCGCGCGUCUGCUCUGCCCCAGCGAGAGCAGAGCUGAUUUUGAAGAGCGGGAGGCAUGGUCUGAGUUCAGGACCCAGGGCCUCCUGAGCUUUAAUCCCAGCUCCCACACUGCCUUCCUCUGUGGCCCUGGAGAGGUUGUCUCAAUCGCAGCUUGCACCUGCUCCCAGACAGGUCGGUGAGGAGAAAGCAGUUCAUACCGGGCCGACGUACACUGUUCGCUCUGCCGGUGGUUUGUAUUGCUGCAGCAGGUAAGUGCCCAGCAGCGCGUCUGACCUUUCAUCCUCAUGUGGCUGGGGGUCUCUCCGGCUCUGUGGAGGGGCCGGGCAACGGGUCCUUCCUUGGUUGCCGCAAGGAUGAGCUGGUUGCGAUGGCGGGGGCUCGGUGAGGGUUGCUGGAACUUCCUGUGCCCUUCGGAGUUGCUGCCCGGUACAGCACGUCCUCUCCGCGAGCCGUAGCGCUCACGUGAGUUAAAAUGUCGGUUCUGCCGAGACUGAGCGUCGCACCCAUGUCAGCCCUGCGUUCAUCCUGUCAGUCUACCGGCAGAAGGGGCUAUGUUGGCUCCUUCCAGCUUAGGAUGCUGCUAGCCUGCAGCUGGUGCCCGGCAGCAGGAAAGGCUGCAUGGGUCCAGGUGAGCUGUGCUGAUGUACUCGAGCACUUCUGAGCACGGGAUUUGGUCAGUCAGGGCAGGAAAUCUCUGAACGUUUUCUCCCCAGGUCCGGUACUUCCAGCUCCCGGUAUAGCAAGGCAGAGUCUCGUACCUCGGGGAGGCAUCUGCAUGCUUGUGGCCGGCCAGAAUUGCAGAGGCAGCCAAAGAGACGCUAACAGAAGCAACAGGUGACCAGUUAAAUCCUUUUCCAGUUUCCCAACGCGGUGCUGGGGAGGGAGAUGCUAUUAAAUAUCAUCCAGACGGGUUUGCCCCUUCUUGCCUGUCUGUUUUUCAGUGUUAGCUUGCUUAAGGCUAAAUUUUAGCUGUUGAAAACGGAGUAUUAUCAUGGCAAGCUGGGCUGAGCUUCCGUCUUCUGCCAUGUCACUGCAAAGACGACCUAGUCCUAAGCCUGCAGCGGGGCUCCAAACAGGCUCCUGCCCUACAAGCCGACGUGGGCACGAAGUUUGAUAGCAGCAAAGUGCUGGAAGGUCUCAGCUGGACUAGCUGGCUGUCGUGUUUUGUGUCCGGGAGUCGGCAGGGUUUUCUUAUUCCCCAAGCUGCAGGCAGCUCCGGGCAUGGAGGUCUUUCCUUCGUGCUUGGCGACCCAGAGCCCUCAUCUCGCCCAGAAAAGGAUGCUCUUCUGUUCAGAGCAGUCGGGCUAGGAUUCAGGACACCUGGGUUCAUGCACUGUGUGACCUUGGACAGAGCACUUAAUCCUCUCCCAGCCCUCGUUUAUUUGCUCCACAUGUGAAGAGAGGAUUUGUGCAAAUCAGACUUUUCCUGUUGGCUCCCUUGUACGGCCCUACCCAGCAGCUGCCGGUGGCCCCCAGCGCUUACGUGGCAGGACUGUGGGUCGACAGAGAUCUCCUGGCAAGUCCCAGUGGUUUAAGACCUGCCGCUACACCCCGCGUUCGGGCUGUAGCUGCUACAGCAGGCAAAGCCGGGCUGUUGCAAAUGGCUCUUCUCAGCAUCGGCCCGAACAGCAGCUCGUAAAAUAAAAUGUUUGCAGUGUUUUAGCAGGGACGUGGGCCGGGCUGCCGCGCUCACGCUGCUUUGCUGACCUUCCUUCUGCCAGUGCUUUCUUUGGGGCUAAGAGCAGGGCAGCUGGCAGCGAGUGCUAGAGGCCAGGUGCAGAGAAGACCGCUCCCAGGGCGGGACCCACUGAGGCAGGCCGAGCUCUGGUGCUGCAUUACUGUAGGGUCCAGGAGCCCUGGUCACGAACCAGGACCACGUUGUGUGAGGCACAACACAGACGUGGUCCCUGCCCCAGCGACCGGCCCCUGCUCCUCUCUGAGGCUCUUGAGCCGAAGAGGAUCCAUUCACCCUGUCCCCAGCAGGCGAGAGCCGGGGGCUGGGGCUGGCCGGGACUUGAAGCCGCAUGGACUUACGCCCAGGUGGGCCCGUGCUGCCAGGUUUACUGCAUCAAGUCCAGCUGGAGAGCGGGGACCCUUGCUCAGAGCCUCCUGGGUGCUGCUGUGGCAUCCCGGCUCUUGCUGGGGAGAACAGGGGCUCGGUCUGGACGGAGGGGCUGCUUGAUACUAAACCGCUGAUUCCCCGUUUCCAAGCUGCUGCCUGCUGGCCUCCAGGUAGUCGCUGCCGCGGCUCGUCUGUCUGGAGACCACCGCUCCAGCCCUCUCCAAACAGAAGGGGACUCGGAGAAUCACGCCGAUACUUCUGGUUCCAGCCUGUCUUGCCCCAGCUGCGUCACUCCCUGAAGCGCCGGGCUCGGGGACCUGAAGCAAGUGGGUAGUCAUCACAGGAUGAGUGGGCAAGACAAAGGACAUCACCAGUGGAAAUCCUUCUGCUGGGCCAAGACUUCCCACAGGGCCAUCAUUCAAGAUGGCCUUCCUUUAAGUUGGCUUUUCCGACGGUGUGUGGCUUGGGGAGAUAAGUGGCUGCAAGCUGAGCCGACAGGAUGCGGUUCCUUCCUGGCCCCGGCGUGGUCCGCUUCCACCCUGGUGCCAGAGCGCCGAUUCCCUGCGUGCGUGCUCUCAGGUUGCUCUUCUGCCAAAGCACCCAAGGUCCAUAAAGUGACCGCUCUCUCUCUUUUUGCUUUGUAGGCUUCUGCUGGUCAGGCGGGCGGCAGUCAGGCAGGAAGCUGAGGCGGGUGAGUUUUGGUUGAGAAAUUCUCCUGAUGAAUCAGAGGCAAAAAAAUCACACCGCUGGCUCUGCUUGGGCAUUUGAGCACCAUCGCUGUAUAUUCUGUAAUCAAUCAGUGUGGUGCGCUCGGGGGGCUUUUGUGUGCUGCUGCCUCUGUUUUCUGGCUUUGCAUACCCCUGCGACGAAGCGGAAAGCAGGAGGUCUGCUCUGGAGAUGGGCACGACCUGGUAGGGAAGUCUUUGUGCAUCCUGAUGGCUCGCACGUGGUUUCAGGCUUGCAAGUGGGAAGCUGCUUGUCUCUGCUCUAGAGCAGGGAGUGCGUUUUUUCUGUGGGUUUGAACAGCACCAGCACAAGGGCACCGGUCCUGACCUGGAGUUUGGAUGCUACAGUCGUAGGGAUAUCAGUCGUGAAAUAGUCUCGCAACUUGGCUGUGUGGCCGGGAAAGCCUUCGCAAACGUGGUAGAACGUGUGUGCGCGCGCUGUGUCUGCGUGCGUGAAACUCCUGGCUGCGGGGAGAGCUAUUGCGAUGCCAGCCGAAGGCACAGGACUGUGUCCAGACUGUGCGAGCGCUGAGGUAGGUGGUUGGAGAAACCCCCGACCUGGUUGCAGCAGGUUAGGAGGUUGGAGGUGGUUCUGCAGCUCAGGGCACUGCUAUCAGCGGAGUGUCCCUUAGGAGCGUUUACCGGGGUGCUGACUUGCUCCUCACGAGGGGUGACUGUGUUAUGCGGGUGUCUUGGAAAGGGGGUUUACUGUCGUAGUUGGUGGAGAAGCACCAAAAAAGCAGCAGCCUUCCCGGGAAGAUCAGAACCAGGUGCCGCAGCUUUUGUGCUUGCACCUUAUGACCUCCUGAUACAACUGGCUACAGGCGUGAACCGGGGGUCCCGAGACCCAUGCAGGCAUCGCCCCCCCGCCCUGCUCACUGCCGCAACGUUGGCGUGCUUAGCAGGAACGAAGCGGUGAGUUGGGCCUGGGCCGGCGGUGCUCACACCUGUCCAAGGACAUGAGCGGCUCCGAUCGGGUUGUUAGCUCCCUCCCCGCCAUGCUGAGCGGAGGCUGGCUCACGGGACGGAGCAAGGCUGUGUGGCUGGGAGCAGGUGUCUUUCCUGGGCGCCAUGUGUCCGGAGGAGCACUGGGAGCUGCUCUGAGCCUUCAGUGUAGAACAGGCUAGAAAUCCAAUCCAUCACCUGGUGAAUCCCCUGUAAAGCCUAAAUCCCCUUCUCAGAGCGGGGCUUUCUUAGCAAAGAAAACAGCGGAGCCCGGCUUAGGCCAACUCCCCUAGCUGCUAAGGGUCUCCCCAGGGACAGCCCAGACCAGCCCCAAAUCCUCUCCCCCAGCCCCUCCCACGUCUCCAAAGCCCAGGAGGCAAGAAACCCUUUGUGACUCAGCAGCGCACGCAUACUUCACAUUUUCCCAGCAGGGCUUGCCUGCAAGCAGGGUGAGUGCCUCCGCCAGGCACUGCCGAGCUCCCUGCACACCUGGCCGGGCUGCCUCUUCCACCCCAGCAGUGUCAUCGCCUCGAUCGUUUCACUCCCUGAACAAAAUCUGAGCCCGCAGCCAGCCCCGAGGGCCCUGCAGGAAACCGAGACGGUCUGUGCAGCCCCGCUCUGGGGAGCAGCCUGCACCGAGGCUCUGCCUUCAGCAGCAGCUGUAUGUCCCAGGAGGCGGCAGGCAUAGUGACCUUUUUUCCGCAGCCUGGCACGUGCUGCCCACCCACAUGCACGGCUUGGCCAUGCUGCUCGGCCCUCUGAGAGGGGACAAGAUCUCAGGCUGAAGCUCACAAGGGAGCUUGUAAUGUUAACCAUGAAUGACACGCUGCUGUUUGAAGGGGGCCAGGGUUUCUUCUCUCCCUCCCCUCCAGUGAAGACGCUGUAUUCCUUGCAACCAGGCCGCAAAGGGUUUCCAAUGCACUUCCACGGGCAUGGAAAUGACACUUUCUUGGUGCCUGGACUCUGGGUUUCAUAGCCAGGUGCUGCCUGGGGCUCAGGCCGGCAGAGGAGGGUGAAGGAGGUUAUAGGACAAAGCUGGGGCAGUGCCUAGGAAGAGAAGCCUCUUCUGAGAGCCCAGUUUGGGCAAGGCCUGGCUCCCAGGAGUCCCCGCCACGGAGCAGGGCACUGCGAAGUGCAGCUGCCCUGCCCUCUUCUGCCCUACGCGCAGCUGUAUGUCCCGAAGCCUCGGCCCAUCCGGGCUGUCUCAGGAUGCAGUCGCCAAGGGCGAGCUGCUGGAGAACAGCCAGCUACUGAAUGGCGAUGGCCUCUGCAGACCUGGGCUCUGGACUCAGAAAGUUCAGGUGGAAGGGAGCUCGGGAGGUCACAUCUAGUGCAACCCGCUGCCCAAAGCAGCCCCAGCCCCGACUGCGUCAUCCCAGCCAAGGCUUUGUGUACUGGGCCUGAAAAACCUCCAAGGGUGGAGAUCCCACCUCUCUGGGUGACCUGUUCCUGUGCUUUAUCCUAGUGAGAGUCUUUCUUAAUAUCCAACCUCAACUUCUGCAACUGGAGCCCAUUGCUCCUUGUUUCUUAUAGUGGUUCCUGGAUCUUUUCCCCUCGCCUCGCACCACAUCCCAGCUCUCUGUUGCGCUCCUGCAGGCCUCCGAUGUGGAGACGGUUUUCUCCACGGUCUUGUCCUCUGUUCCCCUUUCCCAGCCUUCCAGGAAACACGCCUGCAGUGCCCUUUACCCGUGCGCCCUUCACCUCCGAGACGUGUUUACUCGUAGAGCUGCUCUGCAGCUGCUGAUACGCUCGCGCCCAGCGCGGCCGUCUAAGCCACGAGCACCUGGGUGGAGGCAAAGCGCCGGGGUCCCCUGCCCGCGCACGCAGGAAACCAGUGCUCCUGUUGCCUGUCUCCAGAGCUGCUGCGCGGGCCCGUGUUUCCCGUGGAAACCCCGUGUUAGCAGGCCUGUGCCAGCUGCAGGCACGUUGCGUGAGCCGCAGACUUGUAACAAGCCACGUCUUGUCCUGAGAAAGAAACCCAAGCGUGCCAGCCUGGCCUCGCUGCUGCGGGAGGUGCAGAGCUAACCAGGGCUAGGUCCCGUCGCUGCAAAUCCCUGCCCCAGCCGGCUCUGCGGCAAGUAAGCGGGGGGGCUUGUGAUGGGCCCUGCACCUGAGAGACCGGCCGAGGCAUCCGUCCCUCCAGGCCCGCGCGGGGGGCACGGGGUGGGUGCCCGGGCCUCCGGAACCAGCCUUUCCAGUCGAGCCGGGGCACCUCUCCUGCCUCUCCACCUCCGCACCACCGUGCUGCUUGCCCAGCCUCCUUUCCUCGGCGCAGUUGCAGCGCGGAGCCGCCUCGUCGUGCCCAGGGUGGGCUGGCAGCGCCGCGUCGCCCCAAAGCCCCUGGCCCUGGCC